AUGUCGCAGGUGCUCAUGAAGUUGAUGGGAACGUUCAACGAGAGCGGGCUCUCCUUGUGUGAGAAGCUGGCAGAGACUGCGGGGGCCACGGUCGACGUGUACCCCAUGCUGAUGGUGUGUGCGCUGCGCACCAUCAUGAAGGCAAUGUUUGGCGUCGAGCUGGACCGCCUGGAGCCGGAUCGGCGCAAGCAUUCCCGUAUAGCGGCCAUCAGAAAAAUGUCGGCAAUAAUUGUCCGACCCUGGAAGACGAUUACUGGCGCCAUGUGGCUGAGUGCAGAAGGCCGGGCAGUGAAGGAGCACAUCGCAGAGUUCAGGAGACUCGUGAAGCGCGGCCUCGCCAUUGCAAGAGACGGCGGGAAUGCUGACGGCGUGACUCCGUUGGUCCACUUCCUCUCAGAGCAGAAGCCUGGGCAGCAUAUGACUGAGGAAGAAAUACACAAUGAGAACUUCCACCAGCUGUGUUGCGGCUUGUUGCUUCAGAUACGCACCCUCACCCUGAGCGCUGUGGAGACGACCGCAGCCUCCAUGGGCUUCACGCUGGCGCUGCUCGGGCUGCACCCAGAGUGGCAGGACGCGGCGCAGAGGCAGCUGGACGACGUGUUCGGGUCUGGAGGCGACUACCUCAGGCCAGCCACUGUGUCUGACCUCUCCCAGCUCACGGUCAUAGAUGCCAUUGUUAAGGAGUCGCUGCGGCUGUUCCCGACGAUCCCCAACAUGCCACACCUGGUAACUGAGGACACGCCGCUUUGCGGAGGCUGGCACGUGGCACCGCGCGGCAGCUGCGUCGUGGUGUCGUUCCUGCUGAUGCACCGCCGGCCAGACCUGUUCCCUGAGCCAGACCUGUUCGACCCCGGCCGCUUCCUGCCCGGAGGCAGCGCCACCAGUAGGCAGCCGGGCAGCUACCUGCCGUUUGGCACAGGACCUCGCAAGUGCGUGGGCGCGCGCUUCGCCGACCUGGAGAUGCGGGUUGUGCUGGCUGCACUGCUGCGCAGGUUCCGCGUCCGACCCGGCUCCACCAGGCAGCAGCUGGAACAGAUUCCUUACUCCGUCACAGCACACCCACUCACCGGCUAUCGAGUCUCUUGUGUUCUGCGGGAUAACGUAGCGGUAGCUUCUUCGUGGCAGGACACGUGUGGCCUAAAAUUCUCACAUCGUCAUGAGGAAUCGCGAAAGACGUAA